GACACUCCCUGGGUACACACAGCUGACACCUCCCUCCCUAUCUAACCGUAGCUUAUCCGGGAUGUUAUCGGUCUCAGCUGUUGCCGUGACGCUAGCACAGAGCUCACACCUGAAGGGACGCCUCAGUUCCCAUCUGUGGGUGGCCUGAGAACAGCGCGACGGCUCUGCAGAAGGUCUGUGACGCAGAGAAAUGACGUGUCGGUGAUAUGACGUGCGGUGAGUGAUGUGGAGAGAGUGAGGUGAUGUUAGUGGCUGAAGACGAACAGGAUUUCCGUUGAACGACGGACUGAACGUUCUUGAAACGAGAGCCUGUGCGAUUUCUUCAAGAAAGGACGAGGAAUUAUACCAUGGACGCUGAAGAAAGUUUUUUUUCGAGAUGACCGGAAGUAAUUGAUAUAUAGCUAUUUUAAGACAGUUGGCAUCCUCUUGAUGGCUUUUACAAGCUGUAUCACCGAAGUGCUUCUUAGAGAAAAGCAUUAUCUUGCUUGCCGGGACUGAUUCUCAACGAACGAGAGCAUCGUGAAAAUUUUGAAACAUUGAUGAGAGAAAAAGUUAUCAGUGCCCUUGAUGGCACAUCUACUCGUAACUGAAAUCAAGUGACAAGAGUGGCAAAAAACUGCACACACCGAAACAUAUUGAAGGAGCAAAGAAAUCUCAUUUCUCAAACCACGUCUGUUGCGGACGAACAUAUGCUCGUCAGCCAAAAUGGUGACCAUGAAUCGCCAUAUUAUAAAGAGCCGCAAGAGCCUUCUUCUUCUUCGUCGUCGCCAGUGCCGCUUCUUUCUACAGAACAAUACCUAAGAUUAUCGAACAUCGGACACUCAAAGGAAGCAUUUCCAGGCUUCAGUGGAGACAUCGAGCCGUCGCAGUACCCAUGGAUCCAGCUCCACUAUGGUCACUACCGGCGACACCUGCUGGAGGCUGGCUACGGGUGGGCCAGCCGACCCAUAGCCGCGGGGCACGAGGCCACUGAGAUUCAGCGGGUGGUCCACGAAGCUUCCAUGGUGAUACCGAAGUCGCAGGGAGCUGCCGGACGGAGCGGUACCGACUGUAUCGGUGGCCGCCUGCGCUAUCUGCCGGGUCUAGGUGUCGAGUAUGAGGUGUACCUCCGGGAUCGGGUGGCACGAAACUCUGUGGAAAUGCCUUCAUCUGACGCCAAUUCGGAUGACUUCGACUCCAAGCCAGUGCUCACCCACCACAAAGUGCUGCUGCAGCGACCGAUGGGAGAUCUGGAGGUAGAGUACGUUGGCAGGACGUCCAGUCAGCUGGUGCACAUUAUCCUGCCCUACUACAACCGACUGGAGGCGCUGGAGAGGUUCCUGACGCGCUUCGUUCAGAUGGCGCAGAAGCCGCAGCCGCUGGCACUCACUAUCGUCCGGUUUUCCAGUGGCUUUCCGAGGAUGGACACAGAUGAGGAGGAAAACGACCGACUAAGAGUUGAUAAGCUGGUGGCAAACGCCGCACGAGAGCUGGGAGGCGCGUUCGUUCCUCCGGUGAGACUCCUGGAGGCCGACGGGAUGUUCUCAGCCGGGAGAGGCUGGGUGACAGCCACGGAGGCGACUGCAGAAGACGGGAUCGUGAUGCUGGCCUAUGUCGACCUGCUGUUUGGGGAAAGUUUCCUGCAGAGAUGUCGAGCGAACACAGAGUCCGGCCGGAGGGCCUACUACCCAAUUACGUUCAGCACCUACAACCCGCGCGUGGUGUACGGCGUGUUCAAGAGGAAGGUGCGCUCGGUGGUGGAAAACUAUGACAGUGGGCGACUGCACCAGCCCGAGCUUGGCUACUGGCUAGACGAGGACUACGGGGUCUCGUGCCAGCACCUGUCCGAUUUCCGCAGGUUCAGUGACCCGUUCGGCGGCAGCGUGGAUCACGAUCUGGACAUUAUGCUGUACGAGAGGUAUGUGAAGAGCAGGGUGGAUGUGAUACGAAUGCCAGACCCGGACUUGGUUCAGGUGCAUCACAGGGUAACCUGUUUUAGGGAGAUGGGAAAGACUGAGUACAACGCGUGUCUCAAGGCUAAGGCCAUGAACGAGGCAUCUAAGCUGGAGUGGGGUCUGUGGGUGUAUAAGAACCUGGGCGAUACGGACGAAAUAGAAAAGUUCUUGGAGGUAGUCAACAAAUUUGGGUUUACAGUGCCUCCAAAGGAAAGCGUUAUAGCCCCUGACAAUGCUACCAAGGACACACAUGCAUGAGAUGUAGUUCUUUUACAUCUAGUUUCAUUUUAUUUUGAAUUUAUGCUCAAUAAAUAUUUAUUCAUAGAGCUGUUUGUAGCAUACCGUCAAUGCCGUGCAAGACCUGAAUAUAAUGUCGAUAUUUUA